GAACAUUCUUUAGGCAUCAAAAAGACUAUCUGCUUCCCAGUAUCACACACUUGUGGGCUGAGCAGCAAGCCUGGCUCAUUGCAUGUCUUCAAGCAGAACAAAGAGGCAUCUUGUUGGCUGGAGAUGGUCGCUCAGACAGCCCUGGUCAUUCCGCAAAAUAUGGGACGUACACCAUGUUAGAAUUACCAGCAAAUGUUAUCAUAGACAUGCAACUGAGCAAUGAAGUUGGUGGUGCCUCGCAUAUGGAAAAGGAGGGCUUCAUAAGAUCAGUUAAUUUCUUGGGAACACAACAGGGUCUAGAUAUAGAUGUGAUAAUAACAGACAGGCAUGUCCAGUUAAGGAAAUGGAUCAGAGAGAAUUUGCCAGAUGUUCAACACCUUUUGGACGUUUGGCAUGUUGCGAAGGGUCUCAGAAAAAAACUUGUGGCACUUUCCAAAGAAAAAGACUGCUCAGACUUGAAAGAGUGGAUUGACAGCAUAAUCAAUCACCUUUAUUGGUCAGUCAUGUCAACAGAUUCAGCAGAGCCAAACCUAGUUGAAGCCAAGUGGACGUCUGUGCUGAAUCAUAUUGUAAAUAUUCAUACGCACAACAAUGAGUUAUUCCCUAAAUGUGAGCAUAAAAGGCUGAGAGGAAGAGCAGCUAGAAAGAAGUGGUUGAAACCAUGUUCUACCUUGAUGGUGAAAUUAGAAAAACUGGCAACAACAACAUACCUCAUCAGAGAUCUAAAACAGGCAUCAAACCGGGAGCAGACAUCCUCUCUGGAGGCGUUCCACAGCCUCUUGAACCACUACGCUCCGAAAAUGUAUGCCUUUUCUUAUGAGGGCCAGCUUUGCAGAGGACUGUUAGCUGCGAUGCAUUUCAAUGAAAAUAGUGGGCGGACUCAACAAAGUACCAGAUCAGGUGAACUCCAGUAUGCAGUGUCCCUGCCAAAGUGGAAGAAAGGGGGACACACGGUGAGGAAAGUUUUAGAAGAACCUACAUUUGACUAUGUCAAUGAGAUCAUCAAGGAUGUCCUGGACAGACUCGUACACCCCAGAGAAGAUGUGGAUGUCAGAGAUGUGCCUCCUCCAUUGAGUGGUGAAUACCAAAGACCAACCAAAGAAACUGCUGUCUCACAGUUCAAAUCCAGAUACAAGUCCACUUGAAUCAGUCUAAUGCAGGAUACAAAAAUCCAACAUACUGUCCAGUUGGUGCGGAAAAAGUUGACCGUAUUUUAUUCACAGCACAGGAUGGCAGGGUAACACGAACCGCUCUCCCAAGAUGUCCCCAGCACAGCCUCACAAACUGCCUGUAUGCGAUAUAUCGAUAUCUUCUGAAAAUAGAAUAAAGACUUGAUUACAUGUC